UGCAGACAGGCUCAGUAGAUGUUCUUAACUACACAGUUUGAGUUCCAACUUUGAGCAGAGAGAACAGAGGCUAUUCUGUGUACAACAUGAAGCUGGUGAAAUGCAUUUUUAUUGUCCAUCUGAGCUGUCUUUGUCAAGCUCUGCAAAACUCCUCCACUCAAACAGACCCAUCUGAUGUCCAUGUGAGAGCAGAGGACGAGGAAUUUAACACUGACCCUUACAUUCACAAACUCGCCGGUAAAUGCACCUUCACGCUCAGGAUGCUUGGAAACAGGAGCCGUGAUGUGGUGGCGCUGCCAGCAGACUCUACAGAUAUGUUGGUUGAGCAGAUCUGUCAGGAUCUUGACUGUGGCGACGUCUUUCAUGUGAAUAAAACCAGCUCACCCCCCAACGCCGCCUGCUUUCACGACUGUUUGUACCAAGAUGGCCGUUUGCAGAACUGUUCACAGAGCGUGGGGAGUAACUGCACAGUGAUUGCUUCAGCUGUUUGCGGCCACCAGGCUGUGCGGCUGGCAGGAGGAGCAGACCGCUGUGCUGGACGGGUGGAGUUGUGGAGGAAUGGGAGAUGGGGCACAGUGUGUGACGACCAGUGGGACCUGCGGGAUGCUGACGUGGUCUGUGCCCAGCUCGGCUGCGGUUACGCCCUCAGCGUGACGGGACAGGGUGGCUCCUUCCCCCCGGGCAGAGGACCCAUCCACCUGGACGACUUGAACUGUACGGGCAAAGAGGAGAACCUGUGGGCCUGUCCGGCUGCACAGGACGAGCCUGACUGUGGACACAAAGAGGACGCUGGUGUCGUGUGCUCAGAGAUGAGAGCAAUCAGACUGACUGGAGGUCUGGACCGCUGCUCUGGCAAAGUGGAAAUCCACCGUAACGGCAGCUGGGGGACGGUGUGUGAUAACUGCUGGAAUAUAGACAUGGCCUCCAUGGUGUGCUCCAUGCUGCAGUGCGGCACCAAGCCGACGAAAAUCUCCCAGUUCCUGCCCCCUCUCGCCCACAACAACGGGACGCUGUGGUACUACCUGUGCUUUUCCAACGCGCAGAGUCUGUGGCAGUGCAAGGAGAUCAUCAACAAAACACACCUGUGCGUGUCCUCCAAAGCUUCUGGCGUCGUCUGUAAUGGUUCUCUCGGGUUUCCUGCAGCCACCACAGCCGCCUCAGCUAACGCAACCACUGGAAACAGCUGGACGACUGGUGCAGCCACAUUUGGCCCCGGCGUCGGCUUCUCCAUACCGUCGACGGAACUCCUCAGCACCAUCGCUCUGUCGCUGCUGCUCCUCGUGUUUCUGAUCACAAACACGGUGCUCUGCUGCCACUACAGAAGAAGACACGCGCUCUUGCUCCAUCAGACGCGCACAAGCCCGCGACCUUCCUCCGAACAUCAUCACAACAGCUACCAAGACGCUGUCCACCUCGUCAAGGUCACCACCAACCAGCCUCAGACCGAUGUCCCCUCCAAUCCCAGGUAUCUUUGGACCCAGCUUAGUAGUGUUGACAGCACGUCAGUAGAUACAGACUAUGAGCAGUAUGAGCCAAGCAAUGACCCGUCUGUCCCUUUGUCAACCUUUCAGAAUUCUCAGCGGUACAAAACAAACGUGAACCCUUUGAUGAAGCCCUCAGGUCUUGACAGCCUCUUAGAGGAAGGCACUGAACCCAAAAAUGAAGUGAUGGGAGUCUUUAACGGUGGCCCCACAGAGGCUGAAUAUGCCAGAGUGUCAAAGAUCUCAGUGGACUCGUUCGACACCUCCAGUACUUCCUCUGGGGAGUGCUAUGAAAACACAAACGGCUACGUCAUGGUCACCCCCGAACCGGGGCCGAGCCAGCCGUCUGUCGCCUGUUACCCUCCGGGGAUCUACUCCGGACAAACAACAGACCAGAACAGCUUAAGUGAUGAAGAUGACGGCCCCCUCUACUCCCCUGUGAGCCCCGACCCAAACCCUCCGUCUGAGGAUGACUACGAUGACAUCGGCGCCUCGCAGUGACUCCAGCUCACAGAGGCCAACUGAAGAUAACAGAAAAGCGAAAGAGUAAAGAGUAAGUGCAGGUCACAUAUAACCAGCUUUUCAACAGCAUUUGAAUGCAAACAGUAGUUUGAGCCUGCCUAGCACUGAAAUGCUGUUGAUACAGAAGUUAAAUGCAACCUCUGCAUCUAAAAACAUUCAUUUUAACCAAAUUCAUAUCAAGUUUGACCUGGACUUCUUGACUUUUACCUGCAACUCACCAAACUGCUGUUUCCUGCGAACCACAAUGAUUCACUGCGAGCUCAGUGAACAGCUGUGGAGACUGGAAACGUGACCUCCUGCAUCACAGCGAACGAACUGAUCGGAAGCACUUGCAUGGUGCAUUUCAUGAUGCUCAGAAAUCUGCCAGUCAGAUGCACUCAAGCAUCUUUUCCAGAAAUCAAAGCCUGCAGACAAAGGACAAGCACAUUUGGAUGUUGUGAACGGCUCACCCUGAAGUGUGUCGCGAACAAACAUCCUGGACUUGAACUUUUAAAAACAGGCCCUGCCAUUUUCAUGCAGAUAGAAUUUCACUUUAGCAAACAUUUAUAUGUUGAAACGUUCACAUGGGUGGAUUAGCAAUGACCAGUUAGCUAAAGUUUCAAGUCUGCAAGUUAUUUCUUUAGUGAAUAAAUGAAUGAAAAUCAAUGACCGCCUGCAAAUGACCAAUGAAAUCAGACUUAGCAGUCAGAGUCUGUUCAGGUGUUCUGUGAAUGUAGUUGAAGCAACUGUAACAUAUCUACUGUAUGUUGUUUCAGAUUUUUGAUAUUUAAAUGUGUUUGCGCAGCAUCUUUCUGUAAUAACAAUUAUGUACUGUGAAUUAUGUGCUAAUAUUUUGAUAUCAGUACAAACUACUGAGUUCUGCGAUGUGCAUGGCCAAAAAUAUGUGGACACAUUAACGUUAUACCCAUAUGUGAUAUUUGGAGUUAUUCUGAGACAAUGGGCAUUAAAACUACUACUUUAACAGCCUUCACUUCUUUAAGGAAGGCUUUCCACACAAAUCUGACCCCAGAACAGAUUAGCCACAAGAACAUUAAUGAGGUCAGACAGUGGCGUUCAGUUGUACAUGGAGGAACUGAUACACAACUGGAGGAAAAUUAUUGUCUAAAAUAUAAAUAGUACAUAGCUCACAGACCAAAGCUGCACAAAAGUAAGUGUCCUUUUAUUUUUGGCCAUAUAGUUUAUUAAAACAAUGAAUCCUGUGGGUAUUAAUAUGAGUGUAAUCAAACUAUUAAGUUCUACCACAAGGUGGCACUACAAGCUUGUAAAAACCUAAAGGUGUAAGCGGCUGA